AGUGUACUGAGAAUAUGGCGAAGCACAUUGGAAAUAACUGCCAUAAGAGUUAUAUCCGAGGGAAAAACAGGAGGGGUAACUGGUUAGCCGUAAUUUUGCUGAGAGUUUCUCGCCGGGACUUUGGACUGUGCUUGACCACGCUGCUUGUGUUUUGUUUGGGCUCUGUUUUGUGGCAGUUAAAUGGUGGACCACCUCAGCUUCUCCUUCACGUCCGUUACUACUUCGGACAGUCAACAUUUCUUGAUGACCAUGUACCCUUAGCGCCCAGAGCAUUACCUUUCCCAAGUAAAGUUGUAUAUAAUCGAGUUGGGAAGUGUGGGAGUCGGACGAUUGUCCUGCUCCUUCGUAUUCUGGCAGAAAGAAACAAGUUCACCCUCAUCUCAUCAGACAUCCACAACAAGACCAGACUUAGCAAGCAUGAGCAGGUGGAUCUGAUGAUUAACAUAAGCACUGUUCCUCAGCCAUUUCUGUACACUCGACAUGUUCAUUUCCUCAAUUUCACCAGGUUCAGAAUAGAUGAGCCUGUAUACAUCAACAUCGUUAGAGAUCCGAUCAACCGUUUUCUGUCCAAUUACUUUUUCCGGCGCUUUGGAGACUGGAGAGGAGAAGAGAAUCAUGUUGUUCGCACUCCUGGAAUGAAGGAUGAUGAGAGAUACCUAGACAUUAACACUUGCAUCUUGGAAAGCUACCCUGAGUGCUCCAACCCUCGGCUCUUCUACAUCAUCCCUUAUUUCUGCGGGCAGCAUCCUCAGUGCAGGGAGCCAAGUUUGUGGGCUCUGCAGAAGGCUAAGGAGAAUGUUCUGGAACAUUAUCUGCUUGUGGGGGUACUGGAAGAGCUGGAGGAUGUGCUGCUCUUGCUGGAGAGACUCCUGCCUCACUUCUUUUCUGAUGUCCUCAACAUCUACAAAAGUCCAGAAUACAGGAAAUUAGGGAAUAUGACAGGAACUGUUCACAAGCAGACACCGAGUCUGAAGUCCCUGCAGGUGUUGUACCAGAGUAUGAAGUACGAGUAUGACUUCUACAACUUCAUCAAAGCACAGUUCCACCUCACAAAAUGGAAGUUUGGUCUAAGGACAGGGCCUCGUUCACCACGGCAACACGCCAGCCUGCACCGCAGGGAACAACUAGAGGAGCAGAGUGAAACUGUGUUGGAGAACUGGGCAGAACAUCCAAGAUGAUGGAAGCGUUGUUCUUCAUACUCUUCAAGGCAAGCAAAAU